UUUUGCUUACUGCAGGAGGUGUUGGAUAUUCAAAGAUGAUUCAACUAUGGGGUGUCACUGCUGUUGUCAUCACAGUUAUACUUCUGCACGCUGCUGAUGCUGCAAAAGUCUUUGCACAAGAGCUGCAGCACCUGAAACCCCAAGCCGAUGCCACAACCCAGACCUCAGCAGCACAGGAGCUUAUUAAGAGACUUCUUCCCACAAGCCACCAACAUUUCAUAGUACAUGUCGACCCAGCUAUUGGAAAUGAUGAUCAACUCGAUAGUUUUGAGAUUUCAGCUGACGGAACCACAGUGAAGGUCAUCGGCACCACAGGAGUAGCGUUGGUAUGGGGAGUCCAGCAUUACCUGGUCCAUUACUGUAACUGUCACAUCUCUUGGGAUGGAAACCAACUAUAUCUACCACCCGAUGGACAAUGGCCUUUGAUAAAACCACCUCUGAAGGUCACUACUCCCAAUAGAUUCCGUUACUACCAGAAUGUGUGCACUGUGAGCUACACUUUCGCCUGGUGGGAUUGGGAGCGUUGGGAGAGGCACAUCGACUGGAUGGCACUGAGCGGUAUCAACCUUCCGCUGGCUUUCAAUGGACAGGAAGCUAUCUGGCAGAAGGUCUACCUAAAGAUGGGUCUCCAACAGGAGGACCUAGACAAGCACUUUGGUGGACCAGCUUUCCUCGCAUGGACUCGCAUGGGCAAUAUCGAUGGAUGGGGAGGGCCCCUGCCACAAUCGUGGCAUGAAAACCAACUGGCUCUACAACACAAGAUAUUGAGGAGGAUGAGAGACUUGGGAAUGAUACCUGUUUUACCGGCGUUUGCAGGUCAUGUCCCAAAAUCCUUUUCAACAGUCUUCCCGAAUGCAUCUGUAUCAUAUCUGGGGGACUGGGGACAUUUUGGUGAGAAAUACUGCUGUACUGCCCUGUUAGACCCCCAGGACCCGAUGUUUGCCCAGAUUGGGAAGGCUUUUAUUGAAGCAAUGUCUGAGGAGUUUAAUGGUACAGACCAUAUCUACAGUGCAGAUACUUUCAACGAGAACACGCCCAGUUCAAAUAAUUCAGCCUAUCUUUCUGCUGCCAGUAGGGGUGUAUAUCAAGGCAUCAUCGAGGGGGAUCCCCAGGGGGUGUGGCUUAUGCAGGGCUGGCUAUUCCAGAGGAGUGAAUUCUGGGGCCCCUCCCAAAUCAAAGCCCUCUUACAUGGUGUCCCAAUGGGUCGAAUGAUCGUCCUGGAUCUCUUUGCGGAAGCCCGUCCCAUCUACAACGCCACGGAAUCCUUCUACGGUCAGCCGUUCAUAUGGUGCAUGCUCCACAACUAUGGAGGCAAUCAAGGUCUCUAUGGCAAGCUCAAUGCCGUUAAUGAGUUUCCCUUUGAUGCCAGACAAUUCAAGAACUCUACAAUGAUUGGCAUGGGUUUAACACCAGAGGGCAUCCUUCAAAAUUAUGUCAUGUACAACUUCCUCACCGACAUGACCUGGAGGUCAGAAAGCACAAAUGUCUCAAAAUGGAUUGAGGAAUAUUCUAGCAGACGCUAUUAUUCUCCAGGCUCUCGGCGGAGCGAGGAGGCUACUGAGGCCUGGGCUAUCUUACGAAGCACCGUCUAUAACAACACAGGCAUCUACAAAGAUCACCAACAUGCAGUACCAAUUAUGAGACCUUCAAAUAAAUUAAAAUCUUAUAUUUGGUAUGAUUAUACUGAAGUGGCCAAGGCAUGGGAUUUACUACUCCAAGCAUCAAAGGUGUUGGAAACAAGUUCUUUGUUUAGGUAUGACCUAGUGGAUGUGACCAGAAAUGUUUUACAGGACCUUGCUUUUCAUUUUUAUGAGAAGAUAAUGGAGUCUUUUCAUGCAAAGAACAUCACAGCCAUCAGAGGUAACGGGACUCUUCUCUGUAACUUGAUUCUUGACAUGGAUAACAUCACUUCAUCUCAUGAUAAAUGGUUGCUUGGUACAUGGCUGGAGGAUGCAAAGUCCCUAGCGACCAAUCAUCAAGAAGAAGUACUCUAUGAAUACAAUGCAAGAAACCAGAUUACACUAUGGGGACCACGAGGUGAACAUAUAGACUAUGCAAAUAAGCAGUGGGGCGGAUUACUUCGAUCGUAUUAUUUCAAUCGAUGGCAAUUCUAUGUACAGUUCUUGGAUGAGUGCAUAGAACUCAAUGUAACUUACGACCAAAGCAAAUUUGAUAUGAGAUCUUUCAUCAUGGAGAUGGAAUGGACCAAAAGCAAAGAAAAAUUUCCCACGGAACCUGUAGGAGACACAGUGGCGAUAUCCAAAGCUCUUUACCAGAAGUACCAGCCUUACAUCAGGGAAGACAGAGCUUCCGGGAAGGCGAGAAAGAGGAUGGAUCAUGGGCGGAAGGCCAUUCUUUCACAGGAAAGACUCCCACACUCAUACAUGUUCAGUGAUAUCUCGCAUUGGAACUGAGUACUGAAGCAGGAUUUAUAUCUGCAAUGUGACUCAAGGACGGAAGGUCAUUCUUUCACAGAUAAGACUCCCAUCCUCUACAUGUUCAGUUAUAUCUCACAUUGGAACUCUGAGUAAAGCAGGAUUGAUAUCUAAAGUGUAAAUCAUGGAUGGAAAGUACUUCUUUCACUGGAGAGACUCAUACAUGUUCAGUGAUAUCUCACAUUGGAACUGAGUACUAAAGCAGGAUUUAUAUAUACACUUUGAAUCAUGGAUGGAAGGUAAUUCUUUUACAGAUAAGACUUCCAUACUCAUACAUGUACAUCUUCAGUGAUAUCUCACAUUGGAACUGAGUACUAAAGCAGGAUUUAUAUAUAUCUACACUAGUUUGCCACUCUUCACCCAGGGGUCGAACAGAUACCGGUAAUUGAGCCAGCUUUGCUUAAUACUGUGGACACAGUCAUAGCAAUUGAGUACUAGUACUUUAAUCUUAUGCAUGAUUUUGAUCUACAUUUGCCACUCUCCACCCAGGUGCUCAGUGGAUGGCCAGUAGAAGAGGCAAAAUUUAGUGUUUUACUCAAUAUUGUGGGCAUUUUGGGCAACGAUUGGUUUAAAGUAUUUACCUCUCAUGGGUAGAUAUAUUGUGUGCUGAAAAAACAUGAUUACGUCCAUUAAUCGGUGAUUUGUAGUAGUACUAACUUUUUUACCAAAGAGGGCCCUUUAAUGGAUUUUGAAUACUUAUGCAGAACUAAUUCUUUAUAAUGUUAAAUUACUACUCAGCUUGUAUGCUAGCCUGUACUAUCGAAUACAGAUAGCAUUCAUACAAUUGCACAUGUACAUGUAUACCAUUUCAUGUACCAAGG